AUGAUGAAAUCUUGUCAAGUGGAAUGGAGAAAACAAGGAAUCUCUACAAUGUUAUUUGGGGAUCACUUUUUAAAACCAUCCCAACCAUCAGGAAACAUUCCCUUUGACACUGCAGUAACCAAACAAGGCUAUAUUGUUUAUACCGAUCCUACCCCUACCGAGCAAACUGUGAACAUUGUGAAGAAUGAAAACAUUGAGACUUUGAUUAAAUUAAAGAAAUGGAGACCUUUUAAUAUCUGCUCUACCUCCUCAGGUGACCUCCUGGUUGUUAUGCAGAUCAGUGAUGAUUUUCAACAAUCAAAUAUUGUGGGAUGUUACUCUGGUACCACAAAGAAACAAACCAUAUGCAUUCUGUUUUAUGAUAGGGGUCAUGGUUUUCAUUCAUCUGAUAACACCACUAAAUGUUUCACUGAAAACAAGAACCUGGAUAUCUGUGUGGCUGACAGUGGAAGUAAUGAAGUACUGGUGGUCAAUCAGGCUGGGACACUGAGAUUCAGGUACUUACCUACUCCAAAGAACCAACCAUUCUAUCCAGCAGGAAUCACCACAGACAGUUAG